AUGCUUCAUGGUCCUUGUGGAGAUUGGUGUUUAGUUGACGGGUCGUACUCAAAAAAAUUCCCGAAAAGUUUUCGUAAUGAAACAACAAUGGAUGAAAAUGGAUAUCCUUUUUACCGUCGACGAGACGAAGGAAGAACGUUCUCACGAAACGAUGACAUUUUCGAUAAUCGCCAUGUGGUCCCAUACAAUCCGAAGUUAUUAGAAACUUUUAAUUGUCACAUCAACGCAGAAGUUGUUUCUUCUAUAAGGGCAGUUAAAUAUUUAUAUAAAUACGUAUAUAAAGGCCAUGACAAGGCAGGAAUAACAAUAAAUGGAAAUAUACCGAAUGCUAGAACUGAACCGUUAAUUAAUCAAAACCAAACAUCUCAUGAUUCGAGUGUUUAUGUAAUUAAUCAUGAUGAAGUACGAGACUUUGUCGAUGCUCGCUAUGUUGGCCCUGUUGAAGGCGUUUGGCGAAUUUUGUCUAAGCUUUUACAAAAUAAAAGUCACUCCAUUACACGCUUACCUGUCCAUUUACCAAAUCAACAAAGUAUAACAAUCAAUGAUGAUUGCAACGUCAACGAUAUCCAAGAGGCUCUACAGAAGCAAACAAUGUUGAUAGAUUACUUUUCGUUAAAUCAACGUGAUCCAUCCGCCCGGCAGUACAUUUACAGUGAUAUUCCAUAUCAUUACGUGUUUAAAAAAAAUAAUGAUACGAAUGUUUCAUGUUGGCAACCGCGUAAACGACACUUCAACGUUAUUGGUCGUAUGUAUUCUGUUAGUCCCUCUCAAAUUGAAUUAUUUCAUCUUAGAUUGUUAUUGAUUAACAUCAAAGGUGCAACAAGUUUUGAAGAGCUUAGAACGGUAAAUGGGGUCGUCUACGAUACUUAUAUGUUGGCAUGUUUAGCGGCCGGGCUUAUUGAAGACGAUCAAGAAUGGAGACGAACAUUAAAUGAAGCGGUAGUAUGGAUGAUGCCACGACAAUUACGUUGUUUAUUCGUUCGCAUACUAAUUCAUUGCCACCCCCUUCAUCCAGAAGAACUUUGGGAAGAGUUUAAAGAAGCUAUGUCUGAAGAUUUUUGUAGACUUUUAAGUGCAGAAGACGGACAAAAUAAAGCUUACGUGUAUAUUAAUACUAUGCUUCACCGAGAAGGUUAUAGUCUUUCAGCAUAUCCCAGUAUGCGACAAAUAAAUGAAAUCGAGGAUUUAAUAGACGCAGAGUCAUUACAAAUUCCUACAUUAGACGAAUCCCAAUCAUAUUAUUGUAAAUUAAAUGUUAAUCAAAAAGAAGUAGUAGAUUUCGUUCUAAAUUUAGUUAAUAAUAAAAGAAGUGAUGACCCUCAUUGUGUUUAUAUAGAUGGACCUGGUGGUUCUGGUAAAACAUUCAUCUACACUACAUUAUGUCAUAUAAUGAGGAAUAUGAAUAAAAAUGUAUGUACAAUGGCUUAUACAGGUAUCGCAGCUACUCUUUUGCUCAAUGGAAAGACAGUUCAUAAAACUUUUGGCUUACCCGUUCCUAUGUUUUCUGAUUCGUCUUCACACAUUGUACCUAAUUCAUCACAAGGUAAAUAUUUAAAAGAUGUAGAUGUUUUUGUUUGGGAUGAAGCCCCGAUGUCACCCAGAUACGCUUUAGAAAUAAUCGAUCGUACUUUACGUCACAUUAUGAGCAACGAUAUUCCCUUCGGUGGAAAACUAAUGAUUUUAAGGGGUGACUUCCGACAAAUACUUCCAGUUCAACUUCAUACUACUCGUACCGAAACAGUUAAUUUAUCCAUAAAAGUCAGUUCAUUGUGGGCUCAUUUUCACAAAUUUUCUUUAACCCAAAAUAUGCGCGCAUUGCCAGAAGAAAAAGAAUUCGUUGAAUUUUUACUGAACGUUGGUGAUGGAAGUCUUAAUGACUUAAAUGAUGAUCUAAAUUUUCCUGACGCGUGUUUUGUAUCCAAAAAUAAUGACAUUGUUGAAAAUGUGUACGGAAAUAUUAUCAGAGGAAAACGUUACGAUGAAUUAACAAAAACCGUCAUUUUGUCGGCUCGGAAUGUAGAUGUAGAUGUGAUAAAUAAACAAGUUGUUGAACUUUUAAAUAUAUCCACAGAGAAAAUUUAUGCAGCCGUUGACAGUACCGAAAAUUGUGAUAAUGGAAAUUUCGACGAGGCUAUUUUACCGGAAUAUUUAAACACUCUAAAUCCCCCUAAUUUUCCUCCGUAUGAAAUACACUUAAGACAGUACACAAUAGUAAUGCUGAUUAGAAAUCUUAACUUAAGUGAAGGUUUAUGUAAUGGCACAAGGUUAAUGAUUUUAGAUUUAGGUCUCAAUGUUAUACGAUGCAAAAUUUUGACGGGUGACAAAACUGGUGACACUGUUUUCAUUAAUAGAAUAACAUUAUAUUGCGAGAACGUUUAUUCAUUUUCUUUUAAAAGAAGACAAUUCCCAAUCAAAGUAGCAUUUUGCAUGACCAUAAAUAAAGCCCAAGGUCAAACUUCUGAAAAAAUUGGGGUUGAUCUUACCAAAGACGUGUUUAAUCAUGGGCAAUUGUACAUAGCUUUCUCAAGAGUUCGAACUUGGGCAGCACUGCAAGUGUAUUUAAACAAAACAAAACUUAAUAAAUCGGUUAAAAACUUCGUUUUCAAGGAAAUAUUCUCAUAA